UUCUUCUUCCAUCUUCCCACUCUCUUGCACCCCCACCUCUCUUCCUCCCUCCCUCCCUCUCCUCUUCUUCACGCACCCCCUCCCUUCCCCUUUCUUCUCCAUUUCAAUAUCUUUCCCAUUCUAUAAAACUUUCCAUUUUUAUCAUCUUUCCCCCUUCAACCUCAAAUCUUCUCCUGCUUAUCUCCUCUUCCACCGGUGACGUUACCAACGGCGGCCCUACGCCAGUUGCCGACUUGCCGACUGCGGGCAUAUGCCGGUUACCAUUUCGGAUGCAACCUCAAGGGAAGACAAUGACGAAGGCAUACCAAGAAGCUUUGAAUAACAUGAGCAACAAAUAUUCUUUUCUUGAUUUUUGAUGUGUUUUGGAAAUAAAAGGAAUUGUCUGUCUGCCAGACAACUUGUAAGUGCAGUGUCUGUAAGAGUCGUGAAGUUGUUUGUCCUUUGGAAAAUAAAUGUCUGUAAUUGAUAUUUAAUUGUUUGUCAUUUGUUUAUUAGUUGUCUGUAUUUGUUUUGAGUUGUCUGUAAUGACUUGUCUGUUAUGUUGUUGUGAGGUGUCUGUAAGAGUCGUGAAGUUGUUUGUAACUCAUAUUUAUUUUUUUGUCAUCUCAUUCUGAGUUGUAUGUAAUUUGUGGUGAAAAAUAAUGUAUGUCUGGUUAUCUCUAUUGUCUGUC